UUUCGACAAAGAAUAUUUGAAAUAUUUCUUCAAACUUAUGAUUAUAUUAAAAAAAAAUAUUCUGGCAAAUCUAGAAAAUCUUUAGAAUCAAAUUUAAAUCUUAUUUCAAAGUCUUUUGAAUUUAUUUUAAAAUUUUUGUUCUGGAAAAUCUCGAAGAAAUAAUGAUUUGUCUUUGUUAGAAAUAUAGCUUGGUCCAAUUUGUUGUAUAUUCUAUCAAAGAGCAGAUUGGAUUUUAACCUAUUUAAAACAUGUCAUCAAAAUUCUAAAAAAAAAAAACUUCCGUAAAAGAAAAAAAAAAUGUACGACGGGAUGACAGACCGAAAUACCUAUAUAUAGAGAGAGAGAGAGAGAGAGAGAGAGAGAGAGAGAGAGAGAGAGAGAGAGAUUUAUUAAAGGUAAAUUGAGCAAAUUGGCUAUUUCUGGUAAUUUAUUUAAGUGUGUAUCAAACUGGUUUCAAAAAGGUUGGUGACCCCUGUCAUAUACUGUCUGAUACCAAUCAAUGAAAGUCAUCAGAAUCAGGUAAUACACCAACUUAUAUUAUUGUCUUCAUGAAAGACAUCCAUAUGUGUUACACAUGCAUGUAUAAUCAUUAAACACAUUUAACUUUUUAACAAAAACGUCUCUUUCAUAAAUAAAUAAAUAUAAAUGAUAUAUAUAAAUGUGGUAGAUCCCCUCGAUUUGGUUAAUUGAAAAGUAGCUCGCCUGCAGAAUAAGUGUGGGCACCCCUGUUAUACAUCAUUUCACUUCAAAAAAUUGUACAAAAAAUACAUUGGAUGGAUAAUAUACAGUCUUCAUGAAGGGUGGUUUAACUUUUUAUAUCUUAUUUCAUGCUAUUGUUAUACUUUACGCAAUUUGUUAUCCUGUUUCAUCACAAUUAGUUAGAUUUUAUUUAAAUUGUAUUUGAUUUUAACAGGUAACUUUUGGACGCCUGUUAGACAAUAUAAUAUAGCAGACAACUAGAGUAACAAUCGGUAGAAAAUGGAUUAGAAAGAAACAGAUAUUAAAAAAUAAUAAUUAAAAAAAAAAUUAACUUGGGACUUCCCGCCGGCCGGAUUUUGAACGCAAGCGGGCUAGAUCCGGCCCGCAUGCCAAAGUUUGGGGACCCAUGUUUUAGAACAUUUUCUGUUGAAAUGUUGCGCCUCCAACCCUUCCAAAGCAGUACUUCAAUCAGUUUGCCGUGUUGGCUGAAAAGUUUUAAACUUAAAAAAAAAACCCGUAACAGUUUAAAAGUAUGCAGAACGCAACACUUCUCUUCAGUGUUGUCGCCCCGCCCACCGGGCCGCCGCUGACGUCAUAGCAUCUGUAUGAUGUCGCCCGCGUCGUCCACCUGUAAAAAGCCAGGCGUCGUCUGUAUCGCUGCUCUGAUAUUGAGUUUACAACCGAUCACGUCAUCAAAAGCCACACUGAAGUCCGAUUCGGAGCUUCACAGCCGUGUAACGUCCGCGCCAUGUUUUUAUGAAUAUCAUUAUGGGUGUUUAAAAAAAAUAAAAAAAAUCCUCCGCGUAUGGCUGCCAGUCUCCUGCUGUGUGCGUGCAAUUUGCAAUGUGUGUCUAGGGGGGAGGAAAGGGAGCGAUGAGUUUCAAUCAGCGGGACUUUGUAUCGAGGACUGCAGCCGAGGGCGAUGCUCCUGCUGCCAGGUACACUAAAGACCCUUCCCUAAGCUGCUCCCUCCCCAAACUCUUACCUGUGCAGCGCCUUUUGCAGCCCAAGUUCCAUGCAUGCAAAGGCCAGGAGGACAAACUCAACCCGUACAGGCGAGCUGAAGCCCCCAAAGUCAAGUUGCCGCCCCUCAGGGAGACUUCAAAGUCCAGGGAGCAGACUUCCAACUGCAUCAAAGAGCUGAAGAACCAGAACUUUACACUGCAGCAGCAGCUGAAGGAGUCCAAGAGCGAGAACAAACUGUUGAAGAACGUUCUCCAUCGACACACGGUGGCGCUGCAGCAGUUCCAAGAUUUAGAAGGCAGUAUUUCCCAGAUACAGGAACAGCACAGAAACGAGGUCAAGGCCCUGCGCAAGCUGCUGGGCGAGACGCGCUCCAGCCGCGACAAGCUGGCGAAGAAGCUGCAGGCCACCGAGAAGGAGCUGUUGGACGCUAAAGACCGGAUCCAGCACCUCCAGUGGAAGGUCAUCCAGAACCCCAACCUGCUGGAGAAGGAGGAACUCACUCGCAGGCUGAAUGAGGUCACCGUCCAGCUGGAGGAGAAGGACAGGAGGAUACAGUUCCUGGAGAAGAGCAACAUGUUGCUUCAAGGCUCGCUCAACCGGCAAGUCGCCAUGGAGCAGAGGAAGAUGUGCAAGACCAGCGACGUGUCCGUCGGCCUGCCGUCACAAGUGAACAGAUUUGUCCAGAAACAAAGAACGGACAGGACCACGGAAUCGGAGACGAGUAACAUCAGUCCAAUCAGGUUACGGAGACGCCCGCACAAAAAAGCCAAGCAAAAUAAGAUGGUCCAGACUGAUGAACACGUCUCUGGAGCCAGCGAUACCGACAGUCGCCUCAAGUCCGACUUUUCAGAGCCUGACGACUUCAUGCUACCAUCGUGGCGAAGCCCAUCCAGCAUGGAAUAUACGCCAGACAGGUCUUGGACAAGUGAACAUCAAAAUACCAACGUUAUGGACACUUCUAAACGUGAAGCCUGUAAGCAAGAUCUUCAUCACGCAGCAGGAGGACAGGAGCUAUCAGAGGAGUCAGACGGGGACGAGAGCAAGCAAGAGGAGGAGGAGGAGGAGGUGGAGGUGGAGGUCAAGGAGGUGGAACACCACCAGGAGGACUUACGGGGGAAACAGCAGGAUGACGUAGAAGAGGAGGAGGAAGAGGAAAAUGGCGAGGAGGAAGAAGAGGAGAGGUCAGAAGAACACGGUGGUGGGGAGAAAGAGGAGAGGGAAGGAGAGGAAACGCAGGAGGAGGAAAAUGAGCUGGAGGAAAAGGAUGAGGAAGAGGAGGUGGUGGCGGUGCAGGUGAAAGAGAAAAAGUCAGAGGAAGAGCGACUUGAGGAGACGUUUAGGGAGACCUUUGGGGAGACGUUUAAGGAGACAUUUGGGGAGAUCUUUGGGGAGAACUUUGGGAUGAUUGGAGAAGAUGAUUCUCAGGAUUCUCAGGAGAUUGAGAUGUAUGGUGAAGAGGAGGAUGAAGAGGAGGAGGAGAAGGAAGAAAUAGGAGAGGAGGAGGAGGCAGAGAAGGAAAAGCAGGAUGUGGAAGAAGAAGAAGAAGAAGAAGAAGAGGAGGAAGAAGAGGAAACAGAUGAAAGAGAAGAUGAGGAGGUAGAUAACAGAAAGGAGGAAGAAGGAGGAGAAGGUGGGGAGUACAAGGAGGAGGAAGAGUAUGACCAAGACGAGGAGGACGUACGCAAACAGGAGAAAGAGGAGCACGGUGAGAAAGUCAGGACAGCCAGCAGACGACGCGCGGUCUCCUGCGUUCUCAGCGCACCAAAGACGGCGAGGCAGCGCUCGCCAAAGCGAUGCUCGCGGCCUCGACAUCGCCGCAGGUACAACUUCACCCCGGUCACCACCAACCUGCACCUGGGCAAGCCGGCCUACAGCGGCGUGCACCUGAGGUACAUCCGAGGCACCAACGUGCCGGUGAGGGAGGAGACGCUGUACUGUCGCAACCGGAGGCGAUCCUUGGAGCAGGCGGACGACAACUCGUUCAGCGACGAGCAGACCAGCCAGCAGACCAGCCAGCCGGACCCCGCCAGCGACGGCUCGGACUUGGAGACCAAACAGAAUGGCUCACAUUCACAGACUUAAAGCUACAAUCAGGGACAACAGGGUUUUCCUACUUUUCUACCAAGCGGGCGUGCUCCUUGUGGACAUUUCUAUGCUAGCAUGUGUAAAGACACUUGAGGACACACCAUGUACAUACCAUUCACUCAAGACCUCUGCCAAGCACAUGCACACCAAGGAGCUUUUUAAAUGUGUUUUUUUAAAAAUGUAUCUUUUUUCUAUUUGUGUGCAACUUUCUGGUUGUUUUUUUAACCAGGACUACACAAAAAUGACUCAAAAGUAAAAAAAAAAAAACCACACACAAAAAAAGCUGAUCAUUUUUGCCUUGGGUUUGGCAUUUGUCAAAUAUAUUGUGUAUUUGCGCACUAGUGCCACCUACAGGACGGGAGGGCAAUAGUGGAGUAAGCAGUACGACGAGUACAGUUCACUCUGGGUGUUCCAAGCUUUUACAGAGAAAUAAUGAAGGAUAUAUACCAGUGUUUCGUAACGCAUUAUUGGGCCGUGAGCGCCCUCUAGAGGGCGGUCAAAAAUAGUUUGGCAGCAGUUCCACACAGGUGUAAUGCACUUUUCCACCACUUGUGGCAGCAAUGUCAAGAUCAAACACGUUUGGCGCUAAAGGCAUGGAAAAGUUUAAGUGCAAAAAUUAUGACUAAAAUGGUGAAGUUGAAUUUUCAUCUGCACUUUAAUGUUAUUGACUGUCUGUUUCAGACACACAUUUCAUCAUUAUUUAGUUAGAAUUUAUUUUAAAUUGUAUUAAAUAAUUGUAAUACAUUUGAAUAACUAUGUACUUUUAUUUUUCAUCAGUUUUUAAAGUCUGAUGAUAUUUAAAGUACCACUGAUAGUCACGGACACACUAGGUGUGGUGAAAUUACCCUCUGCAUUUGACCCAUCCCCUUGUUCCACCCCCUGGGAAGUGAGGGGAGCAGUGAGCAGCAGCAGGGCCGCGCCCGAGAAUCAUUUUGUUGAUUUAACCCCCAAUUCCAACCCUUGAUGCUGAGUGCCAAGCAGGGCGGUAAUGGGUCCCAUUUUUAUAGUCUUUUGUAAGACUUGGCCGGGGUUUGAACUCACAACCUACCGAUCUUAGGGCGGACACUGUAUAAUAAGAAAACGUAAAUGCCUGACUUACCUAUCAAGACCACUGACCAGUUUAACAUUUUUAUUUAGUUGGAUUGUAUUUUAGCACUGUAAUGAAUCCUUUCUUUUGCAUUAUAUUUGAUACAUAUUUAUUUUUGUAAUCAGCCUGACUUAAGCCUUGGUAAUAAUAUUUGGGAUUAACUCUGCAUUCAUUUUAUUUUACAAGGUUGUAAACUCUAAGUUGGUUAGAUAUAAUUAUUGAAAAUGAUUAAAAAAUUACUAAUUCAGUGUUAUAUAUUUGAGUGGGCUCCAGGCCUCUGGAGUGGAAAAGUUGGGCCCCGAGGUCAAAAAGGUCGCAAUAGAGAACCCUUGUACUUUUACAAAUAUGUCAGUCCAAAUAUAGUAGAACGUUGAGUUCAGUAACUUGACAUAUACCUCAACUUAAGAGUGUUUCGAGAUAAGACUUGUCUCUGGGCUGAUUUUUAUGCUUAAAGUUGCAAGUUUGUCUAGCAACCAUCACAGAUACGCUGUAAGAUAGGCCCUAAACAUCAGGGGCCUCAUGUAUUAAGCUUGGCUGAUCAUAUUCUGAAAUCCCAAAAAGAGGACACAUACUGUAUAUGCGUGCCGAGGUGAAAGUUUGCCAAUGAUACUUGAACUUGCUUUAUACAUUUAUGUAUUUAAAUAAAGCAUUUUUUCUCUUCCUGACAGCAGUGUUGGCGCUAUGAAUUUUCAAAAUGGGGUCCCAUCGACCCCAUCCAGUCAUAAAAAUGGGGUCCUACUUUAUUGUAAGCGUUUUGAAAAGAAAUGAUAGAUGCAUGCAUUGUCCUGUUAUAUCUCACAUUCUAUAUUGUGUUUUGGAAAAAAGAUGGUCAUAAACGUUAAUUCAUUAAAACAAAUAAUAAAAAAAGAAAUUUUUUUAUGCAUAUGUAAAUGUAGACAAUCAUAAACAUUCUUUCACUUUCUUUUCUUCACUGAUCUAAACUUUACUGAAGCUGGUAGUUUUUUUAUGUUUUUAUUUAAUAAGUUGUAGGUGUAUUUAUUUCAGUAUAAAAGUGUUUUACUUUGGUCAUAAAAUGAUAGUAGUGUGCCACUGUUACAAGCGACAUUCUGAGGGCCCUCAAUGAAAAGGAGUUUGACAAUCCUGGGGUUGAGAAAAGGAACUCUUCGGGUAAAACUUGACCAUAUAUGAUACAUCCGCUGAUGUCACCAAUGUCAAAAAUUGAUCCAUUGGAGGAUGUAUGAAGGAAAUAAGGAUUGUUUUUAUUUUUUAAAUGUACCUGUAAUGGUUCAAUUUCAAAAUUUGGGGACUUAUGCAGAUCUCUAGUGGUUCUCAAAUGGGGGUACGCGUAACCCUGGGGGUACUUGAAGAUAUGCCAAGGGGUACCUCGGAUUUUUCUAAAAUAUUCUAAAAAUAGCGACAAUUCCAAAAUCUUUCUUAAAUAUAUUUAUUAAAUAAUACUUCAAGAAAAUUUGAAUGUAAGUUCAUAAACUUUGAAAAUAAAUGCCACAAUGCAAUAUUCAGUGUUGACAGCUAGAUUUUUUGUGGACAUGUUCCAUAAAUAUUGAUGUUAAAGAUUUAUUUUUUUGUGAAGAAAUGUUUAGAAUUAAGUUCAUGAAUCCAGAUGGAUCUCUAUUACAAUCCCCAAAGAGGGCACUUUAAGUUGAUGAUUACUUCUAUGUGUAGAAAUCUUUAUUUAUAAUUGAAUCACUUUUUUAUUUUUCAACAAGUUUUUAGUUAU